GAGCAGGAGUUGACCUUGUGACACGGACGUCAGUUGGGGCCCACACUUGCAGCUGCCUUUGGGGGAAGCCUUGUUGUUUGAGUGGGGCCGUGGAGGGUUGUUGAGUUUUGGAGCUGUUGUCGCAAUGGUCUGCAUUCCUUGCAUAGUCAUUCCAGUCUUACUGUGGGUUUACAAGAAAUUCUUGGAGCCUAUCUUAUAUCCUUUCAUUUCUCCAUUUAUCUCCCGUCUAUGGUCUAAGCAAGCAGUGAAGGAGAAAGUCACUACACCGAAAGCUGAAGCUUGUAAUGGAACAGUAAAGUCUGAAUAUGCAGCUAUGAAUGGGGAAUGGGAUUGCAUUGACAAAGCUACAGAUGACAUCACCACAAAAGGACCAACAGAUGUUUCAGACAAAAAGACUGAUUAAGACCUCUGUCAAGAAAUGACCUGGCAUGAUGUGUCCUGAAAGUAAUAUUUUAAACAGAAUGGAAGUAGAUUUAUUAACCAUUUAACAUUUAGUGUCCAAUAACAUCUUGUCACUCUUGUGUUGCACUCUGUCAUGCUGUAUAGUGGCUUUCUUUAAUGCUGUGAUAUGAUUCCCAUUUUUGUGAUGAACAAAUUAUUCCAUUUGAAUUUCAUGUUAUUUAAAUUCUUUGAUAGAGGAGUUACUGUGUUAAUGCAUAUGUUCCUUAGCUGACACCAUAGACUACAAAAAGGGAAAUACAUCCUGGUUAAAUCUGAGGAAAAAGUAAGCUCACUUUGUAUCCACAGUUGAUAUCAUCAUGAGACAAAUGAACCAGUAGAUCUCUGCUUCAGACCCUGCUCACUGCUGAUUUAAGAAAAUGUAGUUGACUGUCCAUUGCAAUAAUCUAUCAAUUUUAACAUAAUGAAAUAUCCUAAGGUGAUCAAAGACUGCAAUCUUAAUAAUUUGACAGAAGAACAAUUUACCUAACUGCUUAUUUGAAUCCUAUUGUAAUUAAUUACUUGAAUAAGAGUGAAAAGUUUCAGUGAACCACCAUCAUAUCUGCUGAUGCAUGGAUUAUGGAUGAGGGUAGAAUUAACUUUGUCAUUGACCUUAGAAUAACUUUAAGAUUAAUAUAUUUUAUCAAGUUAGUGACGGAUACAUGGUUGCCUAUAGUUAUAGCUGAAGAAAUAUGCUUAUAGCUCCAAGAGAAUGAAUGUCAUCAGAAGAGUUACUAAAAGGUAUUUCUAAAUGAGGAAAGGUGGAGGGUGCUACUGUUAAAGAGGAAUAUUAGGAGAGUCUGUGUCGUAAAGGAGACGAGUGUGAUUUAAAAAGAAAAUCUUAUUGCCCAUUGUAUUAUUAAGCAAUGUUGACAGUAAUGUUUAAGAUUUAGUAUCUGCCCUACAACUAAACGGAUACAAGUAAUCUCUCUGAGCAGGGACAAAUAGCUGAGAAUUUCACUUCUGACUGCUGACCAAAUGAUAUUCUGUAUAUUAUCAGUCACAAAUGGACUUCAGUUUGAGUGAUACUUUGCAAAGGUAAUUAGUUUGACAGACUCCAAUAUGUGCACGAAGAAUGGCAAAAUAAAAAUUUAAAUGAUGCAAGGAGUAAUACCUUCAGAGGGGAAGCAAUCGGUAUAACUGCCAGCUAGACUUUCAGACCAUGUUGUGUUUAUGUAAACAGCAAGUUCUCAAUCCUAAUUGAAACUAAAAGGCAAGGAAGUUUAAGAGAAACCAAUGUCCUAUCCCACCAUUUCCUUCUAGAUUAUUUCCAAUACACAUGUAACCGCAAAGAGCCAGGAGAAUUACCUAAAAAUGUCUCUUUUGCUGAGCAGCAUACUGCAGUAGGCUAUAUGACAUGUUCCUAGUUUCUUCUGAGGCACAGAAGGAGCUAUUCUUUUUCAGGGUCCAUUGAAGCGUCACUUAAUGUGAUGCAUACUAUUUACUAUAAUGUAAAUAUCACUUAUGUUUUAUCACUUGUUGUCUAAAAUUGGUUCGAUGAAGAACCAAAAAUACUUGUCCCAGUUGUGGAGCACUCUGGGGGAAAUCCUGGCACUUACGGUUCACCUCAAGAUGAUGUAAGACACUGUAAGAGGAAGGGAAGGAAAUUUAAUUUUAUGGUGUAUAAUUUGAGAGAACAGAAUGGUUAAAGUUGAUGCAAAAAUAAUUUGAAAAUAAAUUCACAAAAUAAA